GCCGACCGCUACCAGCGGCUGAAGGACGAGGUGGUGCGGGCGCAGGUGCAGCUGCAGCUCUUCAAGCUGUACCACAACGAGGCCGAGAUCGAGAAGCUGAACAAGGAGCUGGGCCUGAAGAACCGCGAGAUCGACAAGGACAAGAGGCGCAUGGACCGCGUGGAGGACGAGCUGCGGGACCGCAAGAAGGAGCUGGGCAAGAUGAUGAGGGAGCAGCAGCAGAUCGAGAAGGAGAUCAAAGAAAAGGACUCGGAGCUGAACCAGAAGCGGCCUCAGUACAUCAAGGCGAAGGAAAACACCUCCCACAAGAUCAAGAAACUGGAGGCGGCCAAAAAAUCCCUCCAGAACGCGCAGAAGCAGUACAAGAAACGCAAGGGGGACAUGGACGAGCUGGAGAAGGAGAUGCUCUCGGUGGAAAAGGCCCGGCAAGAAUUCGAGGAGCGGAUGGAGGAGGAAAGUCAGAGCCAAGGCCGCGACCUGACCUUGGAGGAGAACCAGGUGAAGAAAUACCACCGGCUGAAGGAGGAGGCCAGCAAACGCGCCGCCACCCUGGCCCAGGAGCUGGAGAAAUUCAACCGGGAUCAAAAAGCUGACCAAGAUCGCUUGGAUUUGGAGGAGAGGAAGAAGGUGGAGACCGAG